AGUUAGUCAAUCUUGAGCCAUCGUAGCGUACAGUUGGUUUGAAUUUAAGCGUGUAUCGGUGGAUCAAUUGUUAAAUAAAUAAUAAUCAAAUAAUUAAUUGUUUUUAUUUAAAUAAGAAGACAAUAGCUUGUUAAUUAGUGCUGAAUACAUCCAAAAAACUUUAUUAAGCACCAAAAAAAAAAUAUUAAGUGUCAAAAAAAAUAAUCAAAAAUGCUCAGUCGUCUCCAAGCAAUCAAAAGUUUGAUUGCGACCUUACCGCAGUCAUCAAAUGUCCGAUCAAUCGCAGCAUCAAUGCAGUUGCAUGAGAAAAUUAUGGUCAAAACGGAGACUAAAAAUGAAUGGAAUCGAGCAUUGAGUGAAGCUGAGAAAAUUGUCGGAUAUCAGACGUCUUAUUUGAGUUUGAGAUAUUUAUUAAGUGAUGAAAUCACAAACCUUGCCUUACAUAUGCGAAAACUUGUUGGAAGUACUCAUCCGCUUGUGUCUACUGGAAAGUCUUUAAUUUACGGACAAAAUAAUAUGCAGACAUGGGGACUUAUAGUUCUACUCGUCUCAAAGAUGGCGGGAUGUGCUGAUGGAAAUUUCGAGUCAGAACAAGACAGAAGUGCUGGUGUGUUGGUGACACAAAGAACUCUAGCAGAAGUUGUCGAGAUGGUCAGAACAGCGAACAUGAUUCAUUCAAUUGGAGUUCUUAAUUUGCAGCACCUUCAACAAUCAGGAAACGAUUUAUCUUUCGAUUCUGACUUAAUUUUCGGAAAUAAAAUAGCUUUACUCGGCGGUGAUAUUUUACUCGGCAAUGCAUCAACACAAAUGGCUCAAUUAAAAAAUCAAGAGGUCGUUGAAUUGAUGUGUACAGCUGCACGAGACAUUAGUGAUUCACAUUUCAUUGGCGAUCGUGAUAUACAAAAUAAUCCAUUGCCAAUGAAUCCAAUUAAAAAAGCUGAAGAAAUCAGAAACUACCCAAAUGUUGAAAAUGAAGUGCAAGUUGAUGAAAUUGACAAUAAGAAGCCGUUCAGUAUGAAUGCAAUUAUGGGCGGUCCAGAAAGUGAAUGGACGAUUAGACACACGUUGUCUAAUGGAACUCUCCUUGGCAAAAGCUGCCAGAGCGCAUUGAUGUUGGCUAAACAAUCACCAGAACUUCAAAGACAAGCUUAUUUCUUUGGUAAACAUUUGGCAUUAGCUUGGCAAGCAAGCAUGGACUUGGAACCAUACAAACAAGAACUUCCACUCGGACAUAAAUUAAGUCUUGUAUCAGCACCAAUACUGUUUCAUCUUGAAUAUGACAAUUCACUUUAUGAUGAGAUUAAGAAAGGAGCAGAAUCUAUUGAUGAUGUCAAUUACUACAAACUACACAGGGAAGUAUCAAAUGGACCAGGAAUUGAAAGAACAAAAGAGUUACAGAGUAAACACACAUUAGCAGCUAUGACAGAACUUUAUAAAUUCCCAAAAUCAGAUGCUAGAGAGGCACUUGAAAAAAUUAUUCUAGCAAUGCAAGAAGACUAGUGCUUGAGAUUUUUAAAAACCUAAAACUUAAUUUAAUUCCUAAUAAUUUUAAAAUUUUGUAUUUAUAAAACAAUUAAAUUUCAUCAAAAUCAGCCGCAAAUCUUCCAAAAUUUUGAUAAAUUUAUAGGUUAGGUCCAACCACAUUUUAAGCGUGGAAAUUGGUCCAAAAAAUUAAUUUUUAAUGAAGAACUCCAACUUGUGUACAGUUUUGAGCUGGAUAGUCUUACUGAUUGUUAUCUAGUACCAGAAAAUAAAAAAAAAUCCUCAGAUUGAAGUGUAAAUUAAUCCGAGUGAUUUGAAAUAAUUUUAAUAAAUUUUAAUGUAAGGCUGACGAAGCCUUGAAUAGAUAUCCAUAAAAAAAUUAUUUAAGUGAUUGUUAAUUGAUAUAAAAUGAUUUAUUUCUGUUAAUUACGGAAUGAAAGUAAAAUUGUAAUCAAUUUGUUUUUAUAUGUCAUGUAUAUAAAAUCGUGAAUUUUAUGGCUAUAACUGUAGGACAUUAAAAAUGUAUGUAGCAUGUGUGUUUUGUACUGUUGUAUAGUAAAUAAGAGAAACUUUCUUGUUGUACCUAAAAUAAAUUAAAUUUUUUUUCACCCAAACAAUUCCCUUCUUUAUUAAAUCUUGUUGUGACACUUCCGAUGAUUCACCAGAAGUGUUUUUGGAUGUAAUAAAAAUGUAUUUUCAUUUGACUGAAAAGAAGACACACGAAAAAAUAAUU